UCAUAUCAAUUGUAAAUCUUUUAAAAAAUCAAUUAAGAUUUUUAGCGUCUUACUUUUACUUACUAUUUUUCAUUUAAUGUUUCUAUCAAUGAAAAGACCAAAAAAAAGAAAGGAAGAAACAAAAGAAAUUAUUAAAAAUAUCAAUUAGAUAUAAAAUUCUUAAAAGAGAAUAGGGAAGAAAACCAAAUAAUAAUCAUAACUUAGAACUUAAAAAUGCCACCUAAAAAAGAAGGACCUAGCAAAAAGACAGAAUAAAAGAAGCAAACCAAGGUUAUUGAAGAUAAGACAUUUGGUCUUAAAAAUAAGAAUAAAUCCAAGGUUGUUUAGCAAUUUGUCAAGAGUGUCACCAACCAAGUCGUAAACUAAGGCAAAGGCACUCAAGAAAAGCUUAUGGCAGAAGAAUUCGAAAAAAGAAAGGCCUAAAAAGCUGAAGAAGAAAGAAAAGCUUUGAUGGCUUCUAUUUUUAAAACUGUAGAUGCAGUGAAGGUUAUGACAAAAAAAGGAGAAGAUGGUACUGAAGAAACAAUUAAAAUUUGUUAAUUCUUUAAGCAAGGUAUGUGUAAUAAAGGUAAAAAGUGUAAACUAUCUCACGAAUUGCCCAAAGAUAAUUAAAAAAUUGAUAUUUAUACUGACUAACGUGCCUAAUUUGAUGAUGAAGAAGAAGGAGAACUUGACUCUGAUAAGCUUAACGAAAUCAUUAAGCAAAAGGAAGGCUCUUAUAAAAAAUAAUGUGCCACUGAAAUUGUUUGCAAAUAUUUCUUAGAUGCUGUUGAAAAAGGAAAAUAUGGUUGGAAAUGGAUGUGUCCAAAUGGUGGUUAUGAUUGUCAUUACAGACAUUGUUUACCUCCAGGUUUCAUUUUGAAGAAAGAUUAAAAAAAAGAAGAAGAAAUAAAAUCUAAAGUUGAAGAUCUAAUUGAUGAACAAAGAGAAGGUUACUAACGUUCAGCAGGUACUCCUGUUACUUUAGAGAGAUUUUUAGAAUGGAAAAAGAAAAGAGCUGAAAAGAAGGCUGCAGAUGAAGAGAAAAAGAAGGAAGAUUUAGCAAAGAAAAAUAAAGGUUAAAAGAAGCUUGCUGGUCUCACAGGUAGAGCUCUUUUCGUUUUCGAUCCAACUCUUUUCUAGGAUGAUGCCGAUGCUGCAGACGAAGCUAUUAUGGACAACAGAGAAGAAGUUGAUGAUGAAGAACAAAACUAAGAAGAAGCUGAAGUAGAAAAAAAUAAUCAAGAAUAGAGACGUCUCAUGGAAGAAUAAGAAAUAUAGGAAGAAAAAAAGCAUGAGCAAGAAGCCACAUAAGAAGAAGAAGAAGAAUAAAAGGUUGAUUAAUAAGAAAAUCCUAACAGCAACGAAAAGAAAGAUGAGAAAAAAACAAAUGUUGAUGAAAAAUAUAUCCACAUUGAUGAAGCAGAUUAAUUCUUUUGA